AUGGCUGAUGCGUCCAAUGAGUUGUCUAACCACAACAAUCUGGGAGCUGCUUGCUUUCGAUGCAGAGGAUUCAGGCAACUAUUACGCAUACAUGCAUGCGAUCGUCAAAAGCCAGUAUGCUCCCGUUGUCAGCGCCGAGGUAUCAACUGUACUUAUCCAGAAGCUGCACCCACACUCAAGAAACUCCAAAAAGCAACUGAAACGCUUGGCGACCGUAUAAGGAAGUUUGGCGACCGACUCAAAUCAGCAGAAACUAUGCCGAAAGAACUAAAGGGCAUAUCACUCCAGUGCUUAGCCCAACGCUCAGCCACGCCUGGAAGUGAGGUGGAAACACCAUCUAUUAUGUCAGAACAUUCUGAUAAUCGUUCUUCAAUUUCUGUUGCAUCAGAUACUACCUCAGAGCGGGACGAAGAUAUGAGACCACGCCCGCCAAGCGUAGCCUCCACAAGUAGCUUUUCCAUUUAUCCGUGCGGAAAGUGCUACAAAGACCUUCAGCAAUGUGAUCUGACAAUGCCUCGGUGUGGGCGCUGCACUGACAAUGGGACCGAAUGUACCUACAUGAAAACUGAGCCCAAAGCAAAUCACGUAUCACAAGUGCUCACUACCAUGAACAAAGUUAUGGACCAAUGGCAAGAGUCAAUUGACAAAAUUGCGAAAGACUUUGCCCAAAAGACUCGCGAUUUUUCAGCUCGAGCUAAUAACUCACUAAAGAUAAAGCCCUUGCCACCUUUUGCUUGGAAGAUUACUUCUACUGGCAAGGGACUCUCUGUAGAAAGCACAGUUAAUUCAUAUGGUGAUCUAUCCAAACUUGUAGAUCAAUUCAAAAGAUCCAUGCAUAUCACACCUCGAGAACCAAUUCCCCAGCCAGCAUCUUCACCGCCAAUGUCAGAUGAACGUCAACGGCUGGCAAGGGAGGCAGAGCUGGAUGACACUAGUUCGAUACAUACUUCAUCUGGAUUCUCUUUUGCCGUGUGGAAUACAUGGUCUCAUCCCACCUAUGCACUCCCACAAGAUUAUCCAAUAGAUAUUUCAACUGAGCUUACAGACGAUCUUAUUGAAUUAUACUGUCGUACUCCUUGCUGUUCAUCAAUACGUCUUCCGAUUAUAGAUGUUGUCGAUUUUAUGAAACGCUACCGAGAUCCAGACCCAGAAAAGAGACCUUCUACUGUGCUCGUGUAUGCAAUUUGCUCCAUGGCAGCACGCAAUGCAUUCCAACUUCAUGUGUGGAGUAAGAGACCUUCCCACGAGUCUCCACAAUAUAACAUGGGAAAAGUCCUUUCAAUUGCGUAUUCUCUCAAAGGACGAGAACUUCUUUCAGAGUGCUUUGAUGAGCCUUCAAUAGACAAUUGUCAGGCAGCAUUCUUACUUUCUUACUCUAAUCACCAAAAUGGAUACCCUGGAGUCAUCUAUAUCUAUGAGUGGAUUGCGUUCACCAUGGCGCAAGAGCUUGGCCUGUAUGAUCAUGGACGAGAACUCUCAAGACAAGAAAGCAUAUUGGUGUGGUGUCUGUAUUACUUUAAUACCUGGUAUCGUGUCCUCCAAGGAAAUUCAAGCACAACCUCUGUUGAGUCUAGUCAGUUUUAUCCACACUGUCCACUCCCACCACCACUGCCCAAGCCGAGUGAAGACGAUAUGAAUCCAGGGUCAGAAAAAGAGAUAUUCCAAGGAACAGUGGACUAUUAUAUAUGGAGUGUGUGGUACUAUCUCAUAAAACUCCAGGUUCUUCGGCACGAUGUGAUGACCCGUCUCUUGGCAGCACAGACGACGGGAAAGGCUGAUGUAAACUUACCUCUUGAUUUGCUGGCAAUGCAAGAUCGACUUGAACAGUUUCACGAUGAUCUUCCACCCGAAUGGCAGGAUCCAAAUCUUCACUUCGUUGCUAACGAGAGUAUAUCGCGUGCAUCAGAGUCUCAGGAAGCACAUGAUGAUCACAAGCAUUACCAUCUAGACAUAAAAGAGUUCGCAAAGUUCUGUAUCCUUAAUGUCAAUGUUCACUAUAAUAUCAACAAAAUAUUGCUCUACCAGCCAUUUUUCCCGUCAGAUCAUAUGCCGACCAGUGAAUUUUCACUUUAUUGCCUCGAGACUUCCAUUGAUUCGGCCUAUUUUAUUACCCACUCGGUCGAAAUUAUGGUGAAGUAUAGAGAUGACUGCAAUAUACCUCUUGCGGGCCUCUUGUUUUCCAAUAUUGUAUACAACAAACUUUUGAAAUAUAAGGACGACAAAUAUCGAGAUUUUGCAGUCCGGUGCAUGCAGCGUUCUCUAGAUAUUUCCAAAAUUUCAACAGGGUAUGCUUAUGAUUUUGAAAUGGCCAAGAAUCUUGUACAUGUUAUGGACCAAGAAGUUCGCUCUGUCUGUGGUCCAUUGGCCAGUCGAAGUGGUAGCAUCGAUUCUUUUGAUUCUUCUGUUCCAAGUUCUACUCUCACAUCUCUUCCCUCACCUCCUCACCAUCCUCCGAUCGAUCAUCAGCUUCCUCAAAACCUUUCGCCUUCCCCCUUUCACUCUACCUAUUAA